GCCAGCGGAAGUGGUGUACCCUGAACAUGAUGAUCCACAAACAGCGGGAUCGUGUAAAAGACCACGCCUUGAUUUCAGCAGUACUGCGUCACCCGUACUGUGUCCUGAGCGUGAUGAUCCCCGAGCAGCAACAGAGUCGUGUGAGAGACGACGCCUUAAUCCCAGCUGCGUUGCAUCACCCGUGGUGUAUCCUGAACAUGGUGAUCCUGAAGCAGGAGGAGGACAUUGUGGGGGAAUUCACCAAGAUGUUGCAAAGGUUGACUGCUCGAGCCGUGGUUCCCUGGAACACAAACAGUGUUUGGGAACGCCAUACCAUGCUGCAUCGACGGACAAACAGCCUCCCGUACCGACUGAUUGCGGCCAGGUUGACUGUUUGA